AUGGGUCGUGGCAAAGCAUUGACGGAGUGUGAAAUGGGCAAGAUUCUUGCUUACCACGACCUUGGACUCUCCGGACGCGCCAUCGCCAAGAAGCUGGGACGCAGCCAUCACGUCAUCGACCGUUUUCUCAAGAAGCCUGAUGCAUACAAGAGUAGUGCGCCGACCGGACGUCCCAAGAAACUCACGGGUGGCGAGAUCGACGCUCUCCAGAAGGCGGCCUCAAAUUCGACCAUUGGAUCCCGCCAACUAAAGAAGCAGCUCGCCCUAGAUGCGUCCUACAGCACGGUUUAUCGAGCCAUCGUCACUUCACCCGAUCUAAAAUGGACCAAGAUGGAUAAAGAGCCUGCUCUAAAGCCGCACCACAUCAUCGAACGUGCAAAGUUCGCAGACGAGCAUAUGACAUGGAGCGACGAGUGGAAGACGAUAAUUUGGACUGAUGAGAAGAAGUUCAACCUCGAUGGUCCCGACGGAUUGACUCGUUAUUGGCGCGACGCGACGCAGCCUCCACUAAUUCAUCGUACCAGAAAUUUUGGUGGUGGUUCGUUGAUGAUCUGGUGUGGUUUUUCCUUCGAUGGGCCGACUUCACUGGCACGAUGUACUUGCAAGAUGAAUUCUUCGGAUUAUUUGGACAUUCUCGAGCAGCAUCUCCUGCCGUUUAUACGAGCAAACCCGAACGUAAACUAUACACUGAUGCAGGACAACGCGUCGAUUCAUAAAUCCAAGAAAACUAUGGAGUGGUUGAAGCAGCGCAACAUCAACACGCUGCCAUGGCCCGCUUGCUCCCCGGACAUGAAUCCGAUCGAGAACGUUUGGGGAAUUCUUGUGCGCGAGGUUUACGGCAACGGGCAGCAGUACGCCAACGUGGCCGACCUCGAGAUUGCCGUUCGUCGGGCUUGGCUCAAUGUCCCCCAGGCCACCUUCGAGAAGCUCGCUCUGUCGCUGCCAAAGCGCAUCAACUCCCUGAUCAAGAGCGGCGGCCAGCCUAUCGAUUAC